UGUAUUCACUCUCGGAUUCUCUCCUCUUCGAGUAAAUAAAUAAUAAAAUGCGUUCGAGUAUGUUUGCCGCUUUUAACGAAAACCAAAGACAGUGUUGAAGGAAUCGCGAAGAAUGAGUAUCGUUAUUUAGAUGUGAUCGAUAUAAAUCAAGACCGUGAGGCAAAAUACGCAAACAUGAAUCCCGCGGAAGCCGAAACUAUUGCCGAUCUGGUGCAGAACAUGAUUAAGUCCUUUUUUGGCGAACAAAAGCCAGAGUUGACUAGAAGAUUGAUGCGUUUUUCCCUCGGGUUAUUAUCAUCUACAGGAACACUGAGAGAGGAUGAAAUGACUGUAGCAACAAAUAUAAAGAGUAAAUUAUCACCACGUGAUGCAGUACAAUUUGAUAAACUACAUAAUGACUUAAAAGAUGGGCCACUGAAGAAUCGUAUAAGUAUUUUAUUAUUUCUGCUAAACAUGAGUCAGUCAGCAGAAGCAAUAAAGGACAGAAUUUUUGCAUUUCCAGACAUGAAAUUGGGUUUAAGUACAAUUGCAUCCACUAGUGGACAAUCAUCACAAACAUCAUGUUCCCAAGCGCAACAAAUUGUAUCACUGAAUACCACAGAAACAAGUUCGAGAGCAUUGUUAGUAAAUCCGAGUAAAAUAUUUAAUGAAGAAUGUAUUUCAGAGGAUGUAUUGGUUCAGGACUUGAUAUAUUCUUUCCAAAGUGUUGAAGGAAAGAUUCUAAAGUUACAUUCGAGCUACGGUUUUCAGAUAGAUCCUGUAGCAAAGAUUAAUAGAUCACAAAAGCAAGCUGUUUUACGAUUGAGUGAAUUAGGCUAUUUACAUAAUGUAGUGCGAAAAGGAUUGGAGAGAAUGUCUGUAGCUGGUGCGGGUAGAGUUGCUGACAGUUUUGUUGCUGCUCUGCAUAAAGAAUUGUCAGAAUAUUAUAGAUUCAUAGCUAUAAUGCAGGAAGAGGUGAAUAGGUCGCAAAAUCAAAUGGUUGCAUAUGGUGUUACAUUAUCUCAUUUACAUCUUUGGACAUGUGAUCCUUUGGAAACUUUAAAAUGGUUAGCAAGUAUAGUAAGAGCUUGCCAAGGCCAAAAAGGUGGUGCAUUGGCAUCUAUUGUUUACGAAUUCAGCUAUCAUGGAGAUGCUAUUGUGAAGAAUUUAGUCAAGAGAGUUUUGGAAAGUGUAUGCAAUCCCCUGUACAAUAUGCUAAUGAGAUGGAUUGCUGAUGGAGAGUUAGACGAUCCGUAUAAAGAGUUUUUCAUUCAAGCAUGUGCUGAUGUUAGUGGUGACAGAAUGUGGCACGAAAAGUAUCAAGUGAGGAAUUCAAUGGUGCCAUCCUUCAUUAGUAAAGCCCAAGCAAAGAAAAUUCUAGGAACAGGAAAGAACAUUAAUUUCUUACGCGAAGUUUGUAAAGAUUUCUCACCUUGGCAAGAUAGACAUGCAGAUGUGUUCAGAAAUUGUGACGAAGAAUAUAAUGUCGAAGUUUUUUUUGAUAUGGAUCCAGAUGGUCGCUUACAAACUAUGAUGAAUGCUGCUUAUAAGGAAACAUCAACAAGAGUUGUUGAAAUAUUGACAAAACAAUAUCAUCUCAUGGAUCAUUUGCAGGGAAUCAAAGGAUAUCUUUUACUUGGCCAAGGCCACUUUAUUCAACAUCUUAUGCAUUUGCUGGAACCUGAAUUGGCUAAAUCAGCAAGUUCUUUAUAUCCUCAUAAUUUAUCCUCUAUUCUUGAAACUGCAAUAAGAGCAACUAGUUCAAAGUUAGAUGAUUUAGAUGUGCAAAAACGUUUAGAUGUCAGAUUGUUAGCACCAUCAGAAAAUGAGACAGGCUGGGAUGUUUUUAUUCUAGACUAUAAUGUUGAUGGACCUAUAGGAACGAUUUUAGAGCCAUGCAGGCAAACAUAUCAAAUGGUAUUUUUUGCAUUAUGGAGAGCAAAGAGAAUGGAAACGAUCUUGUCUGCUAUUUGGAAGCAACAGACAACAUCGGCCAAGAUGUUCAGAAAAAUGCCAGAAGUACUGCCAAUCCAGAAUCAUAUCCAUCUGAUUACUAGCAGCAUGGUUCAUUUGGUUCAUCAAAUGCAAUAUUACUUUCUGUUUGAGGUAAUCGAAUGUUCUUGGGAUACAUUUGCGAAGCAACUUCUUCAAGCAACGUCCCUUGAUGAUAUAAUUGUGGCUCACAAUCAUUUUGUAGAUUCUGUGAGACAUGGUACAUUAUUAGACGAGAAAUCACAGGAACUUAUGGAUCAUCUACGUUCAGUUUAUAGCCCAAUAUUAGAUCUUCAGAAUCUCGAGGAAACUUUUCUUGCGCGUGCUACUCAGGAAUAUGAGGCAAGAUUAAACACCGAUAAUUUCGUGCAGAAGUCUGAGCAAACGAAAAAAUGGGGUCGUACAAGUAAAAAAGAUCAAGAAGAUAUAGAAAGAGAGGCUGCAUUUUCAAAAUAUCUAAACACACUUUCAAUACAUCUCAAAUUGCUUUCGAAAACAUAUCAGGAUCGUGUACAGAAAUUUUUACUAAUGUUAGCCUCUGCUGAAGAUGUGUCGCUACAGUUACUUAGUGUACGAUUAGAUUUUAAUGAAUAUUACAAAAGUAAGGAUAGCCGACUAGUCGCGCCGUUAACAUACCAACACCGUAGACAAAGCGAUCAGACUUUCUUCGGAUGCAAACCACAAUCAUCCAUAUCGAUGACAGAUGUCGACGAUUCUGUCGCUUUGCACAAAAGAAGGUGUAGAACCAAUUUGAGAAAUGCUGAAUUAAGUAAACAUACGUUUAGAAUAUUUUUGGAAAAACAAAUAUUGUCACAUGUGGAAUUAGAGAUUCGGAAAAAUAUUCACGAAGCUCAAACUCCGUUAACGCCCAAUUUUGAUUACAACAAAUGCGAUUUUACUUUAAGCCACGCACGAUUAACGUUGUCCCCAUUACAAAAGACUGUAUCAGGAAAAAUGUCUAUCAAGAAUGACUUGAAUUUACCAAAUUUAGAAACUGAAGUGCAUUCUAGUAAUAGAGUUAUAAGAAUAAAUAAUACAAUUAUAACUGCUGAUUCUGAAAUUAAUGUGUACGAGGAUUCUGUUCAAAACAAAUCAAAAGUUUGCACCUACACCGCAUCUAUAUCUAUGUCUAAUCAAAAUGAAUCCACAAACUCUAAAAUCAACAAAAUAGCUAAUGAAGAAUCUCAUACAUUGAUAUAUAAUACUAGUCCAGAAUGGUUUCGAGAUAAUGAGAUUAUAUCAGUCCAUGGCUCUCUAUUAAGUGAAACUAUCUCAGACAUUAGCUCACAUAGCACAGAUUUACAAAGAAAUACUCAUCACAAACGGUGUCGUUGGAAACGUAUACUCUUUUGUUGCAUUAAUUAAGCUUGCAACAUUUUGCAACUGAAUCAAAAAAUAUAUUUAAACUAAUUGUAAAAUUUAUAUAUUUUCUUAUACAUGCAAACUUAUUUCAUUAGAGAUUUAUAUAUUAUAUAAUUGUGGAUUAUACCACGCAUUUUUUUUUACAACAUUGAUAUUAACUGUAUUGAUAAUAUUAAUUGCAUUGCCCUCAUCUUCUUAUAUUUAUGCAAUAUUCUUGCUGUAUUUUCAUUUAAAAAGCUUUAGAAUUUUAAGUUUUGUAAUUAUGACAGAAAAUUAUAUACAUAUGUAGAGAGCACAUAAUCUAUAAAUUUUUUAGUAGCUGUACAGAAAUUGAAAAUUUAUAUUUUUCACUGUAUACUAUUAUAGAUCAAAUAGUAUAGAAUGUUUGCCAUAUUAGUAGUAGUAGUAGUAGUAGUAGCAGUAUGGCUGUUCUGUUACGAUAUGUUCGACAUUAAAGUAAUAUGAUUAAUUAUAGUACUUUUAUUAUUUAAGAAUUUAUUUAAAAAAUUUUUAUUAGAUACAUAUAUCGAUAUAUAUCAUGUUAUUACUAGUUUAUUAUUAGAUAUAAGAGCAUAUACUCUCUUUAAAUUGUAUUGCAUAGACUAUAUCAAUCAACUUUUUCGCCAUAUUUAAUAAGCCACAUUUUCUUUUUUGCCAUAUUAGAAAAAUAGUGCAGCGUUCAGCACAUAAGUUAUUUUUAUAUUAAAAUGAAAUAUUGCAUUACUGAAUGUAUAUAUAUAAAAUUUUUAA